AUGGCCGCUGGUCUGCUUGCGCAGGCGGCCCUCUCGGCGGCCCUCUCCUCCCCGCUCUCGGGCUGCUGGUCUCGCUGCGACGCGGUCACUCGCCUCGCCUCACCCACGCUAUUCCGCACCCCGUCUGUCCGGUUGGCGGUGGCAGCAGAGGGCACUCCGCCUCCGGCUCCGCUCACCCUGUCAAAGGUCGCCGAGCUCGUCGAGGCCACAUUUGUCCGUGCCUGCAUGGACGCGGCGCGCGGCGACGUCACCACGCUUAAGCUCUUCAUCGCGUCUGCUGUGGGCGGCUACCGGCUCGGGGUGCCGCUGCCUGCGCUGGGCUCCGCGGUCGCGGCGUGCGAAGCGGAGCACUCGACCGCGGGCCGGCCGCUGCUGCCGGAGGAGGCGGAGCUGCGGACGCUUUGGCUCUCCCUCGUCUACCUUACCCUCGAGGCGGAGGGGGAAGCCGCGCCGCCCGGCGGGGACGGCGGGGACGGCGGGGACGGCGGGGACGGCGGGGAGGCGCUGCUUGCCGCUACCAGCGUCGACGCGAGCGCGCGCGACGAGUACUCUCCCCUGGUGGAGGAGGUGCGGAGAAAGGUUGGCGGGGGCGCCGCGCUCGGCGACCUCUCGGUGGACGACCUCGUCGGCGCCGACCCGCAGCGCACGCCGCUCAGGGCCGCCGUGCUGGCAAACUGCGUCCGCGUGGCGUUUCUGACGCUCGGCGUACUCGGCGACGAGCGGGCGGCGGGCGCGACGACGGCGCGGCCCUACAUCCCGGGGACGGGGCCCAAGCGUGGCGAUGGGCAGCCGGCGUGGUGA